AUAAAAUUUUCUCAAGCCUCUCGCUAUUAAAGUGCAAAAUCACAGAAAACAUAUUUGCUUCUUUUUUCAUUUUUAGAGAGAGAGAGAGAGAGAGAGAAACAGGGAGAGAGAGAGGAAGAGAGAAGCUCAGGAUCCUCUCAGAUCGGACCGGAAUUCAUUUGGAUUCUGAGAAUAUUGCAAUUUUUGCAAUUUGAUGGGACGGGAACUUACAGAUUAAGAAAUGGAUAGGAAGCCGAACGGUGUUGUAGUGAACUCAAAUGGUGUCUCUUAUGAUAAAGUCCAUGCUCUUCCUAAAACUUCAGGACAUAGUGUUGAAGCAAAGGACUAUAAGGAGAAGGAAUGCGGUGCUGAAGAUUCAGUUGUUAAGAACCAUAACGAGAAACAAGACGUUCUUGGUGUCAAAAGCACAAAUUUUGAUACUGACCAAUCUGAGGCUAAAAAUGAAAAACCUGGUGCUGAGAAGUCAAGCGAGGAUAAAAAUUUCAGCUUCCCUGCUUCGAAAUCUGGUGGAACCAGAAAUGCAUGGGGGCAUCAUACUGUCCCACAGCCAUUUGCUUUGGCAACUGAAAAACGCGCUGGUGUGAACACUUCAACGAACGUGAAUAAUUUGAGCUCCCCUAUCGCUACGAAGAAUUCACAGCUGAAUUCACCUUCUACAGCAAGGAAACCAUUGCACCCUGAUAAUAAGAAGCUUCCUGAUGAAGAAGAUAAUUGGUCUGUCGCAUCCUCUACUGCUGCAUCAGUGAGAACUGUUAAAUCUGUAACCAUUGGAACAGCUCCUACCUUUAGAUCUGCUGAACGUGCAGAGAGACGAAAGGAGUUUUACUCAAAACUCGAAGAAAAGCACCUAGCUUUGGAAGCAGAGCGGAAUCAGGCUGAGGCAAGGUCCAAGGAAGAGCAACAAGCAGCCAUCAAACAGCUUAGAAAGAGCAUGGUGGUCAAAGCAAAACCCGUUCCUAGUUUCUACUAUGAACCACCUCCACCUAAGGUUGAACUCAAAAAGCUGCCACUGACUCGGCCAGUGUCACCAAAACUAAACCGGAGAAAGAGCUGCAGUGAUGCAAUCCAGUCAUCUAAAGAUGAGGUGGGGAAACAUUGUGCUCGGCAUCGACACAGCUUGGGUUAUCACAAAGAAGAUUUGAAUAUCGCCGUCAUAGCCAAAACAAAGGUUCAGAAUGGUAAACAGAACACGAAUGGCAUUCACAAGUCCAAAGACAGAUCUAAACAGGAACAUGUUACAGCAAGAGCGGUUCCUGACAUGAUCAUUGAGGAGACAAACGAAGACAUCUCAGUUGAGUCAUAAACAGCUGGUUUUUACUAACUCUAAAGUGGGGGAAAUAUUUUGAAUUUCCUUAGUUACUAUAUUGGAUGUUUUGAGAGGAGUAGCCUGCUUCUUUUUCAGCUGCAACGACUUUUUUAAGUGAUUUGUGUCAAUGUGAAUUGUAUAUGUUUUGUAAGUUAUAUAAUCGCAUAUCAUGUUAUAUAUAAAAAGAGUUGAUGAUUCUAUUUUGGACCAAA